AUGCCCUUCAAUCACUCCCCCAUCGCAGGCGGAUACACCUCACUCUCCUGGACAACUGGAUACCGGGCCUCCCGCCCCUUCGAACCCGCCUUUCCAUCUCCUUCCCGACACCCCAUCCUUCCACCUCGUCACCCCCACCCACAACAACAGCCCCACCAAAACCCAACCCCCUUCUACACAACCCAACUCCACCUCUCCCGCCCCCCUACAAUCCCCAACACAUUCCCGCAUCCCAUCCCCCCAACCACCACCCCCCUCCCCACCCUCCUCCACCACCUCAAUCUCCCUUCUAAUCUCCAAAACUUCUCAAACUCCCUCCUCUACUUCUUCACCACGAUCCCUAUAGCCAUUUUCCAAAUACUUACGACGAUUCGACCUUAUUAUUUUGUGUUGAGGAGAUAUAUUAGGGAAUUUGAGUGGCGGGCUUUGGUUAUUGCGGUUGUGGUUUUCUUUUUUGUGGCGCGGGGUUCGGGGUGUGGGAAUGGGGAUGGGGAGGGGGAUGGAGGGUAUGGGGAUGGGACUGGGAGAGGUGAGGUGAAGAUAGUAAUGGACCCGGCUUAUGUUGUUAUGGUGAGGAAUUGUAGGAGUAUGGAGGGAUUGUUGCGGGCGGGGGAGAAGGGAGAAGUGCUUGUGGUAUGA